GCUGGCAGCCAAGAUGUAGUGAUACAUGAGAUUUAGGUAAGGAAGUAAGUAAAUUAAUUUAUGGGUUAAACUAAUCUCAGAAAACACUUUGUGAGGAAACUUGAAAGUGAUUCAUAAAGAAAUCUUUUUUAGCAAAACCGUUUUGUAGGAAGAGUCAUCUUUGAUGCCUUGGCAGAUAUUCUCACAGAAUGGAAGACACGGCUAAAGAUAAGUGUAUCAGCAACAGAGUUACCAUAGACUUGAACUGUGGUCCUUCAAAACCCAUGAACACCAAACUCAAUUCCUGUAGAGCCAUAGGUUACCUCAUUACUGAGAACAGUUUGUCCAGUACCUUAAGGAAUUUAAGGACAGUCAGCUGCAAACACAUGAAAGAUCUUUCUAUUGUCUCUUAGUAGGUAGGAACACCAACUGAAGAUGUGGACAUAGCUAUGCUUUUCUAUGGGCUGUGAUUUCUCUGGAGACACCCAAUAUAACUCCUUGGUGGUUACUGACUAGGAAAAAAAAAUAGAGUACUUCUGCUGAUAAGUCAGGAUAUAGGAAACCAAACUGAAGAGAACUGAAAAGCUCUCCAUGGUACCAUAGCAUAGAUAACAGAUGUGUGAACCUUAGGUGGACUAAAGGAGAGGGCAGACAUUUUAUUCUACCUAAUAAAGAUGAACCCUGAGGUCAACUAAGAGAUUUAUAAAAGAAACAUUCAAGGAUAUGACUGAAUGGUCUUAUCUGCAAAUGCCAAGUGCUGCUGAGGAACGUGGCUGGGUUGGAGAGGUGGUGAUCAAACUAUAGAGCCUUCAACAGGACUAUGGCAAGCUUCUGAAGGAGGAAAUGAGCUCAAAGGUGGUUCCUCCCUACAGGAAGUGAUCCAAUAUGGUGGGUCUUCCCUGCUGAAAAUGGUCAUAUAACCUCUCACGUUGAGGCCAACCUUUCAGACGCACAGGCAUAUCAGUGUAUAGGACAAGGAACACUUGCGUGGUUGAAAACUGAGCAGUUUAUGGAAAAAGAUAGCCUGUGUGGUUGCUUACCAUAACCUGGGAAACUGAUCUUGAGUACCUGAGAGGUCCUUUGCAGUUUCAUGGUCUUCCAUGUGUACAAAGUAAAAUUUUAAUAUAGGUGCUGGAAAGAUAAAAGAUUUUGCAAGCUAUCUUUUCCAUGUUAUCUCACUCUGCAGAACAUACUGUAGUUAUUUUUAGAUGCUUAACCACCAGCUGCCUUUUCUCAUGUUUUUUUUUUCUCUCUAAAAAAAUACACUGAUAAGCAGCAAAUGAAGAACAACCACAGGACUACAUACAUUUGUAAAUAGUUACCUGCAAAAGCAGUACGACUGGUAUACAUAAAAACCAUGAAAAGCCAAUUAAUAGGAUUUCUCAUGAACUUUUGGGCUUCCUUUUCACUUGCUUUAUAUUUUCACAGUGGAGAAAGAGAAGAGAAAUGUAUAAUUGAAGACAUUCCCAGUGACACACUGGUAAUUGGGAAUUACAAAGUACAACGCUGGGAUAUGCAUAGACAAGAAUUUCUUGAAUCUGCUCCUGGUUUGGGAAUGUUUGUGACUGUUACAGCUCCUAAUGGUGAGGUACUAUUGUCAAAACUAUAUGGACCACAAGGAACGUUUUCUUUUACAUCCUAUCUCUCUGGGGAGCAUGCUAUCUGUUUACAGUCUAACUCCACAAGAUUCGUGGCAUUUGCAGGAAGUAAACUGCGUAUCCAUUUUGACAUUAGAGUUGGAGAACAUUUUUUGGAUGAAUCCGUUGUUCAAGCCAAGGACAAAGUGAAUGAAGUUAACGUUGAACUAGAACAUCUAAUUGAGCAAAUUCAUCACAUAUCGAAAGAACAAAACUAUGAAAGAGAGCGUGAAGAAAAAUUUCGGAAGACAAGUGAAGAAACCAACAGCAAUAUUUUGUGGUGGGCUGUUGUACAGACAUUAAUCCUCAUCUCCGUUGGGAUCUGGCAAAUCAAAUCUCUCAGAGAUUUCUUCAUAUCUAAGAAGCUUGUUUAAGCCUAAAGUAAAUGCACAGAUUUGAAAAUUCUGCACCAUAUAACAACUGCAUAUGAUUCUCGAGCUUCUCUCAUCUUCUGCUCUGGUUCUUACUCUGGCUGGUUUCUCCAUCUAUACUGCAGCUUCUAGCAUACCCUUAUAUUUUUUUCUCCUUGAAACUCAUCUUUUAUCCAUUUCUUUUUCUCUGCAGAUGUAAAGUUAAGUCUAGAAGAAGGGCUCAGUGGCUAGGGCAACAUCCAAGUUCAACUCAGGAUUGUGACAUUUAACACAGAAAACCAAAAGAAGUUUCCUAAUUUUUCAAAGUUCUUCACUGUCAUAGUCUAACCUUGGCCAGUAACUAAGCACCACAAAACCUCUCACUCAUGCUCCUCCUGCCCCCAGUGGGAUGGGGAGAGAAUGGGCAGGGUAAAAGUGAGAAAACUCCUGGUGUGAGAUAAAUAUAUUAUGGUCUGAGUUUAACAUAUUGUUGUUACAUUAAUAUUAAUAUAUCGAUUUAUUUUUACAUUAAUAUAUCAAUGUAUUAUUAAAAUACUGUAGUAAUAAUAAUGUAACAAUAAUAACAUUAAUGUAAUGAUAAGUUGAUCUAUUAAUGCAAUAAUGCUAUAUUAAUGUAAUGAUGAUGGUGAUGAGGAUGAUGUAAGGAAAACAGGAAAAUACAUCAAAGAGAAAGACAAGUGAGGCAAAUGAAAACGUUUGCUCACCACCAACUGUCUGACUUUUAAAGAGCCCUUCCAGCCUGAAACAUUCUUUGAUUCUGUGAUGUCCAGCCCAUUCCUGAUCAGAUCCCUCCUGCCAGCCUCCCAGCUGCUUUUAUUGCUGAACGUGAUGUUAUGUGAUAGGGAAUAUCCCUUUGGUCAGUUGGGGUCAGCUGUCCUGGAUGUUCUCUUUCCCAGCUUUUUGUGCUCCUCUAACUUAAUCACAGGCAGGGCAGCGUAAAGAGCAGAACAGGUCUUGAUGCUGUGUAAGCACUGCUCAGCAGGAACGAAGCCAUCAGUGAACACACUAUCAACACUAUUUUCAGCAGAAAUCCAAAACAUAGCCCCAUGCCAGUUACUAUGAAGAGGUUUAACCCUAUCCUAGUUUAGUAAUCUUAUUCUGUACUAGCAUGAGCUGUUCAGGAUUACAGACUGACUAGGACACUAAGAGAAAAAACUGUCUACCCCCACGGUGCUUAAUUUGGUGCGUCUUGAACUCAGUCUUUGUAUGUGCAACAAGUGGCUUUUCCUCAAUUACAAUUGUGACUGUUUUCUUUAAAAAUGUUCGAAGUUUUAAACGGGAGCGGAUCAUACUCUUAACAUUACAGUCAGUGGUUGCAGCAAUUACCACAGAAGAGAGAGACUCACAAACAAUUUGUAAUUACUUUUUGCUCCCAGAUAAGCCCCAAAUAUUACUCUAUAGAAUUGAGAUCUGACCUUUCUCACAGUUGUUUAUGUAAAUUAGAGUCUUUAUUUACCAUCGUAAACAACAUUACAGGUUUCUUGGUAAGCACUGGAUUUAUGCCUAUCUCUUUUAUUUUAAGUUAUUCUGACACUAAAAUCUUCAGCCUGUUUCGCUGUUGCAGAAUUAUUUUUAUUUCAAUUAUUCACCAACCAUAACAUGACUGUCUGAGGAACUUAAUAGUUUUUGGCUUAACCAUAUAUUUCCACUUCAUUUGUUGCAACUUUGUUGAGUAUAUUUCUAUGCCAUAAUUUAGCUAGUUUAUAUACAACUACAAGAUAAUUUAAUUACAAAUCAACAGCUGUCAUUACAACUUCUGAUAAUUAGCCUGACAAGGCAGCAGUAAUGUAAAGAGGAACUGGAGGUAGUUACAAUAUGACCCAUCUCUGCGCUUGGUUAACAGGUAAAGGGAAAUUCUUGAAAAAGUUUCUAGAGAGCACUGUGAUAGCAGAAUAUCAUGGUUUGGCUUCCUCUUGUCUUUCCAGACCCUUUGCUAGCCGAAAAGAUAGUGAAACCUAAAAUAUCUGUAGACUAUUUAUUUUUUUAAAGCCAAUGCUUUCUUUCUGUUCUCUAUUUUCUUACCUUUCAUUUUCAUUAGCAAGGAAAUGACGUUGCCCUUUAAGUUCACUUAUCUUUACAUUAUGGGGGUGAAAAUACAGCUGUGAGUAUGUAAGAAUCCAUAAAGUUGAUAAAAAUUAGAGACAAGAAGCAAUGCUCUACAGAUCAAACAAAUCAAAAUAAAAUCUUAUAAAGGUACUCACUGACUUUUAUCCUAAAUUUAAAAAUUCUGAGACUUUAAAACUGUCACUUGAAAUGCCCAGUAAAUAAGUGCUAUUAAAUUCACUUCUAUAAAGCAUUCAUUUACAACACGUCUUGUAAUAACAUCUUUGGUGGUGGGAAAGAAGGAAAGAUGUUUUACAUCCAUAUGGUAUGUGAAUUCCAAGAAUAAAGUUUAAUAAAGGGUUACUAUAAGGUUGGGGUUCAGACUUUAGCCAGUAGUCAGUGUAAGGCUCGUAACUUCAUCUCAAUGUCAAAUUUAUCUCACUUAGAAUACACUUAAGCUUUUAAACCAAAAAGGGCAGGCACCGUGUCAGAAUUUAUAGAGGAGCUAAUUAUGCUCCUCAAUAUUAAUUAGGUCUAUAUUCAAACCACCACUGAGGCUUGGGGCAUUGACUGUGUCUUGAGAGUGCUUCA